UCCUUUCAUCUGAUGGUGACGUUUCCCGAUCCAACCGGUCAGUGUACUGUGUUGGUAGCUGGUGGGCAGCUAGCUGCUAGCUAACCCGCUGAGCUACCUCCUCCACCUCUGAAGGCAGCUGAACGGAGCCUUGAAUGAACCCAGCACACCAAUGCAUCUCCACCGGCCGCGAUGGCAGCGACAGAAACGGAGGAUGCUGAAGCUGUUCGGUGCGCUGGUUAUCCUCGGACUGGCCCUGGCGUGCAUCACCUCCUGGGUGCUGGACAGCUAUGACACGGCUUGGCACCCGAAACGGAGCGUUCAGCACCCGACUAUCGGUGAUGGAGAUGAGGCUAAGGGGAGUUCUCCACCAUUUCCCGGCGGCGAGUUGAACAAUAUAUUCUGGUUUAUACAGGUGUCUGACAUUCACAUUAGCCGAUUUCAUGACCCCAGACGCAUCCCAGAUUUUGAAAAGUUCUGCACCGACACGAUUGAAGUGAUCAAGCCAGCUCUUGUGCUUGCAACAGGGGAUCUGACUGAUGCUAAAACAGAGAGCAAGGUGGGCUCCCUCCAGCACGAGGUGGAGUGGCAGGCCUACCACAACAUCCUGAAGAGGUCCCGCGUGAUGGAGCGCACUAGGUGGAUAGACAUCCGUGGAAAUCAUGAUGCCUUCAAUAUUAUUUCCCUGGACAGCAUCAACAAUUAUUACCGGAAAUACUCGGCUAACCAGAAGGUCGGCUCUUUCCACUACGUUCACAAAACUCCCUUUGGAAACUACUCGUUUGUCUGUGCGGAUGCCACUCUGACUCCAGGACCCAAGAGGCCGUACAAUUUCUUUGGUAUUCUCAACCAGACUCAAAUGGACUUGCUGGACACGUUCAGAGCUGAGAGUCUGAAAAGCAACCAGUCGAUCUGGUUUGGCCACUACACCACAUCCACUGUCGUCUCACCCUCUCCAGGAGUUCGGGACAUGAUGAGAUCUGCUGUUGCGUAUCUGUGUGGCCACCUGCACACACUGGGCGGCCUGAUGCCCGUCCUCCACAGCCGACAUCCACAAGGCACCCUGGAGCUGGAGCUGGGCGACUGGAUGGACAACCGCAGGUACAGGGUUCUGGCCUUUGACCACGACCUGCUGAGCUUCUCUGACCUGAGGUUUGAGCAGUGGCCUGCAGUGCUCAUCACCAACCCAAAGGACGCACAGUACCUGCAUCCCGGAGUGGAGCCGCUGGGUCGAAUAGGCAGAUCGACACACAUCAGGAUCUUGGCCUUCUCCGAGGCUCCGAUCACUGCGGUGCAUGUGAGUGUAGAUGGGGAACCUUUGGGGAAAGGCCACUCUGCUGGAGGUCCUCUCUAUGUUCUGCUGUGGGAUCCGUCUCUCUACCUCACUGGACUGCACACCAUCAGAGUUAAAGUGGAGGACUCGGCAGGCCGGUCGUCAGUGCGGGAGCAGCACUUUACUCUGGAGGACGACCUGACUCCCAGCUUCGGUUUCGUGCAGUCCUUCAUUCUCCUCACAGACCAUUACAUCCUGGGCCGAGUGGCCUUCAUAUUCAUGAUGCUUCUGAAUGUCGGUGUGCUGCUGGCCUUCAGGUUCCUGCGUGUUCCUUCUGGGAGAGGAUUGUCCUCUCAAGCGUGUAUGUCGCUCCAUCUGGUCAGUACAAUGGACACCUUCUACUACUCUCUGCUGCUGUUCAACCUGUGUACAGCCUUAGGUCCGUGGUUCAUAGGAGAGCUGAUAGAUGGCCAUAGCGGUGCCUGCUUUGCCUUUGGGGUCUUCAUCGACGGACACUUCCUAGAGGGCAGUCUCACUUAUGUUGUUGGAGUUGUUCAACUCCUGUUCUUCAACAUGCCCCUCACCUCUUACCUGUGCUGGAGCCUCCAUCACCGUUGCCGUGGCAACACCUUCCGAUCCCACUUCCUGCGGCCGGGCUGCCGCUGGCGGACUCUGGCCGUUCACCUCUUCAUGCUGCUGCUGCUCACUUGGCAGGCCCACUCCUGCUACUUUCUCCUGGAGACCUACGGCCCCAUGGCCUUUAUCCUGUCUCCUGUCCGCACAUGGGCGUUAGGGCUCAGCCUGCUAUUGGUCUACCGCGCCUGGACAGGCCCCGCCCCUCUCCUCCGUGACAACAGCAAGAGCGCCGCUUCCUCUUGACAGUAAUUGCACUGUACCACCACGAUUUCCCCCGAGCCUGACUCACAGAUAUAUUUUGCUGUCUCUAUCCACCCUGGAAGCCUCAAUUUCCCCCUCACAGCAGCCCCCUUCCCCCUCCUUCCAAAGCCACUCACAGUCCAUCACUCACUAUCCUGUUUCUAGAUAGUAUUGUUUCCUUAAUAUGCAUGUUAUCGUAAAGCACCGGUGAGCACAUUUAUGGCCAUAUUCAUAGCAAUGUGUACAGUGUUAAAAAAAACAAAGCACCUUGGGUACACUGAGGGUAAAAUAGCCACUUUAAGCUAUGUGAGGACUAGUCCAAUGUGUGCCGCAGUCGACAGUAUAAGAGCUGUAUUCUGCUGUGGUUUAAGCUGACUCAUUUACUUGAGCUUUAGCACUUUUUGGAAGUGUUGCCUUGGCCGAACGCCACUUCACCACUGCCAAAGGAUGAAUAAGAACGAUUUCACCUUUUAUUCUCCCCUCUGAAAAUCAUUUUCAUUCACUGACGAAGGCUGGACGUGCCAAACCGAUCCUCAUGUUUACCUUCUGACACACAAAUCAUGUGGUUAAGAAUGGUGUACACAUCAUUUUGUAUACUUAAGCUUCUCCCAACUUCCCGUGGCUGACCGAGCGUGGUACUUACAGUAGCUCUGGUGAAGAUGAUGCAGGUAACGCCGCCUAGACGACCAUGUUUUCAAGUUUAUUCUACACGUAAUUACAGGAAAUCAAAGGAAGAAAAUGACAAAUCAAUCAAAUGCUGUAGUUGAUCUGUGUACAAGUAGUUGAUGAUUGGAAGUGCUUUUAAGUAAAAUCGAUUCCGUUGCACACGACUGCCACUAAAAACGUGUCAAUAGUCGCAUUGAACAGUCAUAUCAAUACCUUCAAUGCCAGUUUUCAGCAGAACACAAAAACGAGCCGGCCUGACUCCACGUGCUCCUUUAAACGUGACUACAGGAAGCAGCUGUUUGUUUCUCAGGAAUGUGAGCACUUGAACAAUAGCCUGGUCCCAGUAGAAUUUCAGGACAAUGUUUUUAUACUCCAUCGUAGCUCAGUGAACUAAAAACCAUGUCAAACAAUCGAGAUGUGUGGUGGCUAGAAAAAAACAAAAUGAAUGUGUUAUAGAUGUGAUGAAAUGAGAUGAACCAGUACUAUGCUGUUUUUUUUUUCUUUUUUAAUUUCAUCUGAUUGUAUUGAGUGAUUUCUUUUUCCCUUCAUGUUAUAUAUCUGCACUGGAAGUGGGUAUUCUUUACCUCCCUCGUGGUCAGCGUGGCUAGGAAGAUAAAGGAGCAUCCCCUGCGUUGGAAGUUAAUUUGACAGCUCUGUGCGUGAAAACUCGUUUGUCCGUAUUGCUCAGAACUCCUUGUUUGUGAAGGUGUGAGAGCCGUCAGCCGUGUCUUUUGCACUCCAAUUCAAUCCCUUCUCGGCGGUAGUAGCAGGUGCUGGAUUCCACAAGAACAACCUGAUCAGGAAAAAAGAGACAAAUAGAGUGAAGACCACAUUUAUCACAUCUUUUAAUAGAAGCGUGUUCCAGCAGUGUUUUUUUUUUCCAAACCAUACCCAGCGUGAGUGCAGAGUAAUUGCUCCGUGCUCUGAUAAGACACGCGGUUUAAUAUUAGAACAGCUGCUAGACAUUGAGAACACUGAGAAAAUUAAAUUAUGUGCACUCUUGCUGGGAAGUGGUUUAAUAACUCCCCCCCCCCCUUUGCAUAGACAAGUCUUUUUGAAUUGUAUGGGAGCAUUCCCAAGUAUAUAAUUCCUGCAUAUAGAUAGAUAUUUAAAAUUGAUGGACCUUUUGUUCCUUUCUAUGAUGCUCACUACUUCUCACGAGCUGUGUAUUCUGUCCACAAGGAGGCAGUAUUGAAUGGAUUUGGUGGGUAAAGAGAGAUGACUGUAUUUUACUUCCACCUCCAAAUUAUGCAUGGGACUGUUUUGUUCGUUUGUUUGCUGAAAAGCACCAAAAGCUGAUGUUGGUGAGACAGUUUUGCUAGUUUAUUGACACUCACUGAUUAUGUUUAGCUACGAAUCUGGUUGUGAUUGUUCUGUACUGUACACUGAUUUGACUGUUCACACGAAAAACAGACAUGAGCUCCACCAUCACCAAGAAAUAUACUGCAAGUGAUGUGCUGGUGUUCACUUGACCUAUUCUGCAUCUCCUCCUAUGUUCAAACACUUCAGUAUAUAAAUGAAAAGAUGAUGAUUUUACACCUGCCACAUAUUUUUCUCGUGACAACUGAAAUUAGAGCCAACCACAAUUUUAUUUUAUUAAUGGUUUAUAGUGCUGUGGAAUAAAAUGUUCAUUACAGUAAAUCAUAUAAGUUGCAUCUCUCUUACAUCAUUGUCACAUAAUCUUACAUGGGAGUGAUCAAGACUAUGGAGCACUAACAAAAGUCAAAAAUAUAACUGAUUGUCUCAGUAAUAAUCUUAGCUAGCACUCAUAUUUGUUUUGUAGGUUCUGACAGGUUCUUUUUGUUUUUCUCAUGUUUGCUUUUUGUGCACAUUAUUAAUCUACCAGCACCAGCCUUUUCAGCUAGCUAUAGCUCUUUGUAAAACUAUACCAGCACUGCAUGCAGUGUUUAUCAUCCAUACAGCAUUAGCGUCACCCUUGUAGGCUUUAACUAGCACUUUAGUUGGCUAGCUAAUGCAAACAAAAUUUGUUGGCAAAUGCUACUUAAAAAUCUUUAGAGAUUUAAGUAGUAUCUUAACUAAAAAUGCUUUUCUGCUAACUACAGCUAACUUUCUUCAUAAAGCUAAGCCAGCUGCAAUGUUAAUCAUGUACAUCCUGCAUACUGUUUGUAGCUAAAGCACUUUAGCUAGCAAGCUACUGUAGCUACCUAAAGUUAGCUACCUAAAGCUACAUGAAAUUCAUUCAUUUAGUUUAAUAUUAUGAGAGACAUCAAAUCACAUGUAUGCAAUGCGAAGGAUGACACAGUAACGUCCAACGGCUUCUUUCCACUGUGGCCCUCAGACAUGACAAUAAUGUUACAAUGCUAGAAACGUGUGCAUCGCCAAGCAGUGUUAGCAAGCUAGUGUUUGGUGCUUUUAGCUUGCCAGGCUUUUGCGACUGCUACAAGCAUUAUGAAGUACAGUAUAUGGAUGAUUAACAUUACAUACACAGACUGAUGUAGUUUAAUGAAGAAAGUUGGCUCCAGCUAGUCUAGGCUAGCUAGCUGAGAAAGCUAGUGCUUUGUGUGUUAACCUGGCAGUGUUUUCAUGUAGCCGCAGUCUUCUUCUUCCCAUUGAUAUUAGUUAUUUGACCUCCUAACAGUUGAAAUAAAAACUAAUUGGAAGUAAAAGGG